UCUACGCUUUCAGGUCGUUUGUUUAACCUACACGUGUUUAUAACCUGACCAAACAAUAUCUACGCAUAGAGUCAUUUAACGUGCUUCCCUUACAUGUCAAAACACUCAUUAACUUUGGAUGUCGCCUGAUCUGAUAAACUUCCCAGAUGUCUCUUUACUUUACAACACGCUUUUGGAAAAUAAAAUAUAAUGGGUUAUCAUUAUGGUGACUUGGAAAAGUGAAUCUUUCCUAUAUACUUUAUUGCUGAGAAUAGAAAAUCAUUAAAAAAAAUCGUGAUCUCGCUGGAGCUGCAAUCAUAUUCAUCUCAAAGUGAAUGACAGGCGACUCCAAUACUCCAUAUUCGCUGUCAUCCAUGCUGUGUUUAUUGCAGUCUUCGUUUGCCUAGCGUGCACACCUGAAAGAUGUCGAGCAGGGUUAUAAUUGCGUGAGUGAUUCUCUAAGCCUCAUUUCUCGCCAUUAUGUCACCUCGCACUUUUCUCCUGUUAGUGGGAUGCGUUUGCUUUGUCUGGGCCACGCCUGAAGAAAACCGUGGCUCAACGCGCUCUAAUCUACGCGAAGGUGAUAUCGUGGUUAGCGGUUCGCGAGGUGCUGAGUCGGCGAGGUGGCCACAGGGAAUGGUGCAUUACACCAUUGAUCAGUCUUUAGCUAAUAAUGAAAUCGCAGUGAAGGCCAUCACGGACGCCAUGUUGAUGUGGAGCACUAAAACCUGCGUCAAAUUCACCAAGAGGACAAAUGAACAGUCAUACUUGCAGUUUUAUCUCGGCGGCGAGUGUUCUUCUGCUUUGGGUCAUCAAGGUUACAAACAGUUUGUCUCGCUAGGUCCUCAUUGUUGGCAAGCAGGAGUAGUGGCUCAUGUCUUAGGACACGCGCUGGGUCUGCAACACGAGCAGUCUCGCCCGGAUAGGGAUAGCUACGUUACCAUCAACUGGGAGAACAUUGUCGAAGAUGACAAACCGAAGUUUACGAGAAAUAAAAUGGAUACGUUUGGUUUGGCGUAUGAUUACCAAAGUUUGAUGCACUUUGAGGAGAAGGCGUUUAGCAAGAAUGGACAACCCACUGUAGUGCCCAAAUCUGCCGGGGUAAAGAUCGGACAAAGAGAGAAGCCUAGUCAGCUUGAUGUCCAGAGAAUUAGCCAGAUGUACAAAUGCGGAGAAGUUGGUGGAAUUCCUGGAACUGGAGGUGGAUCUGGGGGAAGUGGAGGCGAGUGUUUUGACGGCCACCAGUACUGCAAAUACUGGACAAGUCAAGGCUACUGUCAGACGAACACUGCCUACAUGAGGCUCUAUUGCAAACAAAGCUGUAAUUUCUGCUCUGGUCAGCCAAACGGAGCUAACUGCCAUGACUAUAACAAUCAGUGCCAGUACUGGGCAGCCCGUAACGAGUGUAGCAGAAACCCAAACUACAUGCGAACUUACUGCAAGAAGAGCUGUAAAGCUUGUUAAACCGAGUGCCUUCGUGAAAACAGCGUCAACAAAGGGAAAAAUACCCAAGUGUUGUUAUUUCUGCGAUCGAGAAAUGUCUGUUGAUUUAUUAUUGCAACUAUUUUCAAAAACAUAAUGAUAAAUGAUCACACAGGUUAUGCAUGGCUAUGUUUUCCACAAGGUUAUCGGAUUAAUGGCUAUAAAAAAUGCCAGCUUCCCACCCGCGUCAGUGAAGCAUUUCUAAAGACAUUAUAAUUUUCGCAAAUAAAUAUCUACGAGUUAUAUCUUGAUGGCUUUACAGCCAAAUUCGUUGUUGCGCGACCUCGGCGAAUCCAAAAUCCAUGUCUCGUUUGGGAAUAGCGCAUAGUCAGAGACAAGUGUUGGGGGCGGUUUGUCUGGUUUUGAUUUUUUGGUUUGAUUGACUACGCGCUAUUCCCAAACGAAGAAAGGAAUUUUGGAUUUUGGCAGGUCGCGCAACAAGGAAUUUGGCUAUAAUUCAAGAAAUAAACUUAAUUGAGAUUUAAACGUAUCCUUCUGCUGAAUUUUACGAAUUUAGAUAGAUGAAAUAUUUUAGAAAUCCGUUUAAAAACCAGCAAAAAAACGUCAAUUUUACCUUUUUCUGAUGACCAAGACCCUUAACCUUUUUGUCUCCCGCAUUUUCUGCACUAACAUCUUAUUCGAGAGCUGUCUUGUGUAACGUAACUUACAGGGUAGUACAUGCGGACUGCCGAAAUUGGCAAAUUCGUAUGUCUUUAGAAAUCCUUCAUUGACGCGGUUUGGAAGCCUGUGUAUAAGCAUAGCCAUACCUAAUCAUCAUACUACAACUAGAAUACUUUGAUUUCAAAUUAACUUAUACCCUAAUAAGUUCUAAGCGAAAAAAUAUAUUGUGGCUUCUA